AUGAGACAUUAUCCUGGGAUUAAUAAAUGCAGUGAAGAAGAAGUGAAAUUCACCCCAUCGAAAAGAAUUAUACCUCAUGGAUAUUGUAUAAAGGAUGAUUUGGCCUGGAAACCGCAUUGCACAGCAUUGGAUCCAGUGUAUUCUGAUUAUGGUCUUGACUGGUCAUCAAAACUGCGUCAUAUUGAAGCGUAUAAAGAUGAGACAAGAAAUGAUGAAAAUAUAUGGCCAGAAUUAUCGAGUCAUUUGAGAACUUUUCCAGAAUCAAAAUAUCAUGGAAUUAGUUCAGAAUGGUUAAUGUAUUCUAAUGGUUAUUCAAGUGGAAAACGGUGUAUAUUCAAUGGAAUACAUCAACGAAGCGCUUAUUGUGACAAAGAGUAUACGUUCAAUUGCGAUUUUACACACAAAAGAAGGGGUGAUGAUAUUGACCAGACUAAUGGUAUCGUCAAUCCAAUGAAACCAGCAGUGCCAAAAGUUCAAUUUGGUUUAAUAACCCACAUUCCGAAAAGAAUUGAAGUCCCAAGAUUUCCAGUGGAUCCAGUGAUGAAAUCAACACAAGCUGAAGCCAAUAAAGCCGUGAUGGCUGCUAUACGCAAAGAGAUCGCUGAAUUAGAUAAUUGGAAACCAGCGCCAACUUUAACAGAGACUAUUUCAUCGGUGAAAUUUUCAAAGAAAUAA